CACAUGCAGUUCCUUCAGCUUGCCGAGGACUGUGGGCAUUGUUGACGCCGCCUUCCUCUUGUUUCCCUGCAGCAAGCGGAGGAGGUUGUGCAGACAGAGAGCUCCCAGCAGCACCUCCUGCAGCCCAGCGAUUCAUCUGAGAAGCAGCAGCCCAAGAGAUUACAUGUGUCCAACAUACCUUUCCGCUUCCGAGACCCUGACCUUCGUCAAAUGUUUGGGCAAUUUGGCAAGAUUUUAGACGUGGAGAUUAUUUUUAACGAGCGAGGCUCCAAGGGCUUUGGGUUUGUAACAUUUGAAACGAGCGCAGACGCUGACCGUGCGCGGGAGAAACUAAAUGGUACAAUCGUAGAGGGACGCAAAAUAGAGGUCAACAAUGCCACAGCGAGAGUGAUGACCAACAAGAAAGUAGCAAACCCUUACACAAACGGAUGGAAGCUCAAUCCAGUGGUUGGAGCUGUGUACAGUCCAGAAUUUUAUGCAGUGACAGGUUUUCCGUACCCCAGUGCAGGCGCAGCCGUGACCUACAGAGGGGCCCAGUUGAGAGGGAGGGGUCGGACGGUCUACAACACGUUCCGCGCCGCGCCUCCUCCGCCACCGCUCCCUGCGUAUGGAGCUGUGGUUUACCAAGAUGGCUUCUAUGGAACAGAAAUAUAUGGAGGAUAUGCAGCUUACAGAUAUGGCCAGCCAGCUAGUACUGCAGCAGCUGCAUACAGCGAUAGUUAUGGCAGAGUCUAUGCAACAGCGGAUCCAUAUCAUCACACGAUCGGUCCUACAGCCACAUACAGCGUGGGCACUAUGGCUAGCCUUUACAGAGGAGGGUGCAGUCGCUUCACUCCCUACUAGAAAAGAGGGAGACGCGUCCUCUUUACGUCCCCACAAAACAGACACUAAACAGCCGCACAUGAAUACACACAAUAACCCUCUCCACCCGCUACAUGGAAAACUAAACGCAAAAUCCUUCCAGGAGGUAGACUUGACCCUAAAGCCAAGACUUAUUUUCACAGUGUGUAUUCAAUGUCACCUUUUGAUGUAAUGUACUUAAUUUGGGGGAGGAAAUGUGAUUAUUUGUUCCAGUACUCGUGUGUGUUGUAGAAAAAUGAAGUUGAGAGCUGUCUCCUCCCUUUAUCAGCCUUCUGCUCUGUACAUCUCUGUACAUGGCUGCUCAGCUUUCACUCAUCCUCCAUCGCCGUCUCACUCUCACUCGUGUGAGUGCCAUUCCAGUUUGAGCAAAUCAUUUUAGUUUGGAUUUACCGCAUAUGUCAUAUAAACACUCAAGCCCCUGGGAGCUUAAACAGGGAAGGAUGCAUGAAAGUCAUUCUCAGUCAACGGGGCUGUUGACAGCAUUUAACAUACUGUCUACCAGCAACUUGUAUCCAGCCAGUGCAUCUAGAGACAGCCUUCAUUAGUGCUUUUCUGUGUCUUUGCUGUGAGGAAACAUGAUGGAAGCAGUUUAUCAUUUCCAAUCAAGCAUCUGCCUCAGGCCACCAUAUUGAUUGUCAAGUAAAAUACAGGAUAUCUCUUCAGUUUGAUUAGUUGUCUGAGGAACGAGUUGUCACGACGAUCUCUGUCAUGGACAAUAAAAAUGUAGAGAUAACACAAAACACACACACACAGGCACAGAGCUAAAAAGCAACACAGGCCAAGAAAGAUCUGAGCAGUAAAGCAGCUGAGUGUGAUGAGGUCGUAAAGAUGGGAGUCGAUAGCGCAGGGAGAGGGGAAGUGUGAGGAGAAGCAGCAUCCAAGGCGGAUUAGAGAUAAGAGAGUCCACUCAAUGAGCACUAAUCUCAUUAGAAGAUAUUUCAGUGACUGCUCCUGUGUUGUCUUUGCUCCU